GUAUUAUUUGUUAUGAAAAAAAUGAUUUUGAUAAUAAUUUUUUUUUUAUUAUUAUCUCGUACAUCAAGUUUUGGUAGACAUCGUAUGCAUAAAUUGAAGAAAGAUGAAGAUGUUUGCGAAAAAAAAAUAAACGAUACGUUAUUAGAAAUACAUGAAUCUUUGGAUACUUGGUUAAAUGAUACAGAAGCCGUUAUCCUUUUGAGAAAUAUUUGUAAUUUUGCUUUUAAACACUACAGUUUACGAGAAAUUAAUGGCAAAAGAUAUAUUUGCGAUCAUGUUCCUGGUUCUACAUUAGUAACAUCUUCGGGUGAUGGUUUAUGGGAGACACAUUUGAGAGAUAAUUGUCAUGAAUAUUUGAAUGAAAUAGACCCAUUAGAAUUGUAUCAGCAUUGGCAACAAUGGUGUCAGGAUGAUCAUAAAAAUCCUGAUUUGGUUACAAUACUUUGCAGAAAUGACGCUGGGAAACUACGUGAUUGCAGAAGUAUGGACGAUAUGAUUAAAUAUGAAUUACCUUCGAAAAACUAUCAAACAGAUAUAAAAAUUAAAGUAGAAUUCGGAUGUUGAAGUACAAAUGCACAUAAAUUAUUUAUAUCG